UUUCCUGGGCCCCCUCCCGGCUCGGUCCCACUUUCGGUUUCGGCGGCGGCUCCGCCGCGGCCCGAGGGGUCCCGGCGGGGGUCCCGGGGGUGGCUCCGGGAGCGCUCGGGGGUUCCGGUGCGCCGUCCCCGGCUCCAUACCGCGAUGGAUUUGCCCCCCCUCCGCUCUGCUCUGGUGCCGCUCCUGCUCCUCCUGGCCGUGCCCACCCCCAGCAGCUGCUGCUCCUUCGGCUUUAACCCGAUCAGCAGCACCUUCAGCACCCACCUGAACAACCUGACCCCCUGGCUGCUCCUCGACUACCCUGUGGCGAUGCCCAGCAACCUGGAGCCGGACGGCGCCUGCUCUGAUCUCUGGGGGCUUCACUUUGGGGCACUGGCUCUGCAGCGAAUGUUGGGGGUGGCGGGGAAGGAUUUGGCCCCCCUGCUCAGGACCCUCCUUGCCCAGCUCCACUUCGUGGCCGAGUGUCAUAUCCAGGACCCCCAGCGCUGUGUCCAGCUGGAGAUGGUGAAUGUGUCGCAGCUACUGGAGACGCUCAUGCAGCACCUGGGGGGGCUGCAAGGGAGACCCCCCCACUUCCCCGGCUGUGCCCGCUUGCGCUGCCACCCAGGCCCGGCGCUGACCAGCCCAGCAGUGCGGCACGAGGGGACCUUGGGGGCCAGGCAGGGAGCCGCCAGCCCUGCUGGACAUGGACUGGUGCUGCUGGGGGGAGUUGGGGGUGUCCUGGUCUUGGUGGCGGUGGUCUGGGUACUGUGGAGGAGACCCUGUGCCCAGGUGGGGACACUGGGGGCACUGACGGGCACUGGGGACACCCGGGAGGAUGGCGUUCCUGGGGACACAGCGGGUGGUGAGGGCAUGAGGGGCACUGGGGAUGGUGUGUGCACUGGGGACACUGUGGAUGCUGGCUGUCAUGGGGACAUUGGGAGCAUUGGGGGCUGUCUUGGGGUCACUGGUAGGAGGACUGACAACAUUGGAAGCACUGGGGAGCGCUGGGAGGUCAUUCCCCUCAGCCCCCUCUAGCCCUCACAGAGACCCCCGACAUGGGAGCAGGAUGGGACCUGA